GAUGCUGCGCCCAUUAGCAUAAGUGCAUAACUAUUCUAUUCCGAUAUUUGCUUCGUCCACAUUCUGAGCCAUCCAUAAUCCUUUGGAUCAAUCGUUUCCAUCCCCAGUUGCGAAUUGCGAUGGAGAGCAACGGCAGCGUUUACAACUCCCACAAUCUGCCCACAGUGAUGGUCACCAACGACGACGGAGUGGACGCUCCUGGGUUGAGAGCUCUGGUUAGCGUCCUCGUCUCCACGAAUCGCUUCAACGUCCUCGUUUGCGCUCCCGACUCCGAGAAAUCGGCGGUUAGUCACAGCAUAACCUGGCGCCACGCCGUCCCGGUGAAGAGAGUUGAAAUUAGCGGAGCCACCGCCUUUGCAGUUACUGGAACUCCAGCAGAUUGUGCCUCCCUGGGAAUCUCAAAAGCUCUGUUCUCUUCAGUCCCUGAUUUGGUGAUAAGUGGCAUUAAUAUGGGCAGCAAUUGUGGGUAUCACAUUGUCUACUCCGGAACAGUUGCUGGUGCCCGAGAGGCUUUCGUGAAUGAUGUCCCAUCUAUCUCUCUAUCCUAUGACUGGGUCCAUGGGAAAAGCACUAUUGAUGAUUUCGCACUAGCUGCCGAGGCUUGCAUACCCCUCUUCACUGCCAUAUUAGCUGAUAUCAAGAACAAAACUUAUCCCCUUAAUUGCUUUCUCAAUAUUACUGUGCCCACCAAUGUUCCCACCCACAAGGGCUAUCGCCUCACCAAGCAAGGCAAAAGUUUCAUCAGAACCGGAUGGAAGCAAGUCACUUCUGAGACAGAGGGAGGGAAAAUGUUAUCAACUAUGACUAUGGACAUGACUCCAACACAAACUAAACAACAAAGUGUUGUUACCAUUCAGGAGGAUCAGUUUUUCUUCAGUAGAGAAGUUAGGGCAAAACAAGUGGACAGUGAUGGUACAGAUUAUGGUUCUCUCCAAGAAGGAUAUAUAACUGUCACUCCCAUCACCGCCUUGUUCAACGUCGACUUAGAUGGUGUAACGUUCCUUAAUGAAUGGUUGCGUUCUGUGGGUGAAUGUUGCAAUUCUACACCCUAAGUUGUCUCAACAGUGGAAGAAAUGGAGACCCGAUCGCCGUUCAAAUCUUGCACACUUCAGGAUUAUUGUGUUCAUUCCUUGAAUUUAAAAGUUGCGAGCUGCUUAUAUGUAUUUGGUAUCAAUUAAUGAUAAUCAAAUAAUAUAUUUGGAAAAUUUUAUUAACGUGUUUGAUU